AUGUCUUUUGGACGCGACUGGCUAUCCGACCGCUCCGUUUCGGUCCAGGUCGGAGACGCUACCGCCACCGCAAAGAUAAGAGUAGGCCUCCCACAGGGGUCCCCGCUGUCCCCAGUCCUCUUCCUCCUAUAUGCGGCGAAGAUAGUCUCCUCACAAGAUAACUCCUUCUGCUACGCGGAUGACCUAGGGCUACUGUUCGUCGGGGACUCCCUUGAGGAGACAUCCCAGCAGCUAGUAGAAGUAUACAAAACGAUCACUCUAUCUGGAGCAGCAUCAGGCCUCCCAUUCUCCCUAGAGAAGACCGAGAUCCAACAUUUCUCGAAGCAGCGGAAGCUGUCCGCGCCUACGGUCACUCUACCAGGGCUCACCUUCCGACCACACAUCAACUGGGUCUUCAGCCGGGGCAAGCGGCUCGCACUACAUCUGCGGAAGCUCAGCAACACCCAGCGAGGAUGCCCGGUUGCCUCUAUGCGCGCAGCGGUCAUUCAGUGCGUGAUACCGACAGCGUUAUACGGCGCGGAGGUUUUCUACACCGGCCAAGGGCAGAAGGGCCUCAUCGACUCCCUACGCUCCCUACUCCGGCUCGCUGCUCUAGCCAUCCUUCCAGCUUACAGAACAACCCCUACCUCAGCGCUACUCCGCGAGGCAGACCUACCCUACCCGGAAGCCCUCCUCGACGGCGUCCUUCAAAGGGCAGCAGUCCGAUACGCGAGCCUAGACGCUAGACACCCGAUCGCGAGAGUUACCAUCAAUGCAUACGAUACUAGAAGGACGAGACUUACCAGGAUCCUCCAACGCGUCCCAACGCCGGCACCGGAGAGAGCACGUGUAAAGUCACGUCUUCCACCGCUCCGCAUACUACCUACUACGGACACAAACAAGGCCGUAUACGCACCAGCACCGCUACGGUUAACGGUCUACUCGGACGGCUCACGCACUAGCCGAGGGGCUGGGUACGGGUUCGUGGUCUACUACGGCUCUAUCCCUAUCACCCAAGGGUAUGGGUCAGCUGGCUCCCAGACAGAGGUGUACGACGCCGAGAUUAUGGGCGCAGUAGAGGGCCUCCAGGCGGCUGUCAACCUACCCUGCGCAAGCUACUCCACAGGCCUUGUUAUCCUCCUCGAUAACCUCGCUGUCGCUAGCCUACUCUCGGACGGGAGACCUGCACCACACAGACGAAAACUCACAGACUUAUUCCAAAAGCUCACUACCCAGUGGAAAUCCGCUGCCUAUAUCCUCAGCACACCCCGCACGCCCGUGGAGGUGCGCUGGAUGCCAGGCCACUCCGGGAUAGCAGGGAACGAGACUGCCGAUGAGCUAGCAAAGAGGGGCGCAGCGUUAGACGGCUCCCACAUUCCCCCUUCCCCAUCUUACCUUAUGCGCGUAGCGAAACAACAUACCCGCGCGGCAACGCGUGCUGCGUAUACCAGGAACGCACCUCAGGCAUACCAAGACCUAAAUAUCCAACCCCACACCAAGAGCAGCCGCGCUCGGGAACACAGGCUUCCCCGCGGGGUGCUCGGCCGGCUGCUAGCCGCACGGACCGGCCAUGGUGACUUCCAGGCAUACCACGAGAGGUUCCAUCACAGGAACUCCCUUACGACCUGCUCCUGCGGUAAGCCAAAAUCCCCCGUCCACUUCUUCUUCUGCCCGCCCGCGAGGAAACGCUGGAAGGAUCGAUGGAAAGGCCCAAAGGCCAGCCCAUCUGCAAUGAUAGACUGGAUACUGAGCACAGCUGCUGGGGCCGAGGAAUUCGGCCGUUUCGUGCAAGAAACGUCCUUCUUUAAGGACAUCUGCCCAAAUUGGGCACAAACAUGCGCCGCAUAG